AUGUUCAAUUAUGCGACGAUUAAACAACUUCUUUUACUCUAUUCAGAUAUAUUUGAAGAUCGUUCAAGUUCAUUAUUUGCUUUUCAACAUUUUCACUUUGAUUCACGCAUAUCAAAUAUGAAUAUUGGAGCGUGGCCUAUGGAAAAAGAAGUAUUAACUGAUUGUCAUGUGCAACAUCGAGAAACAUCAUUAAUAGAUCAUAAUCAACUUUUUUGGACGAAAGUUCUUCUACAAACAAGUCCAUAUGAUGAAAAACGGUAUCGUCAAAUUACUUCCAAUGCAUGUGAACGAAUCGUUCAAGAGGAAAAGAAAUCGUCUUCAUCAAGAACAACUUUGCAUCGUCCAUCGAGUGUCGUAGCUGUAAGUUUCAGUGAAACAAGUACAAGACAACAUAGUUCAACUAAUCGUUCGACAUCAAAACCGAUGAGUUCAUCAGUGAAUUCAAGAAAAAAACUUUCCUAUACACGAUUUUCAUGCUAUCUAAAAUCUCAUAAUACAAAUAAUUAUUCAAAAAAAUUUAAAACAAAACUAUCAACAGUCGUACCAAAAAAUAAUAAUUACUAUCAUCAUCAAACUAAUAUGAACUGUUUGUCAUCAAGAAAAAACUUGGUUAAAUCAACUAAUCAAUGUAAUGAAAAGCUUUGUCAAAAAUGUCUAAAAUCAAUACAAAUCAAUUCCAAACAUAUAUCAUCGAAUUCGUUUUGUCAGGCGUGUUCUCAUUUAAUAAAAAGCUCUAAAAAUAAGAUCAUUCCAUUAAAAACAUUUUCUUUAAAUAAAAGUGAAGAAAAUGAAUUACGUCAAAUAAUUGAAAUAAUUAUUGAAGAAUUUCAAGAUCAUUUUGGUCAAGCAUUAAAUUUAUCUAUUAAACAAAUGACUCAACAUUUACUUUCAAAUAUAAGUCUUUUCUAUAAUCAUUAUCAACAAGAAUUUGAACAAUUAACAAGAAAAUAUCGUCUCGAAUUUCUCGAACGCUUUAUUACACUAAUGAAUAAAUAUCAAAAUUCUGAAGCAAACACAAAUCAUAUUAUUCAAAAGAAUAAAUUAUCCAUCCAUGAUCGAAAUUCUAUCACACAUCCACCAGAUAUAUUAUCAAUGUCAUCACUUAGUGGUUCAUUAGCUACAACAAAAGAUCGAUCUGAAAUUCGUAGAAAUGCAAUGACACCAUCGAAUUCAAUAUCAUCAGCCACAACAUCAAAUCGUUCAAUUUCUAUUGAUACAAAAAAUAAUUUAAAUAGGGAUCGAAAAAAUCUUUCAACUCGAAAUAGCUCAUCUAAGAAAACAAUUACUUUAAAUAGAAGUAGACAAAGACAAUCAUUAAGUAAAUCAAGUAAACAAACGUCCUCAUCACGUCCACUGAUUGAUGCAUAUCGUUUUCGCGAUACUUUACGAAUCAACAAUACUCAUUUUUCUUCUCCACAUUCAAAACUUCGAUGA